GAACAGCUAAGCACACAGUCGGAGCCUAACUUUCCUCCCUCCCACAAUGACCAGGGAGCCUCACUGUCCUCCCUCCCAUAAUGACCUGACUUUACCGCCCAGACACCUAUCAGUGUGGCCAAGAAAGCAACUGGUACAUUCCUCCCCUGGGAAACCGCCUGACAGCUCCCCACACCGAGGAACCAAGGACCCUCAAGGACGAAGAGUAAGACGCAGAAGAACCAAGUCUGUACCUUCAACGCAUGACGUAAUGAUGGCUCUGAACCCCCUGGUGGUCCCUCUGACGGCGCUCCUUUUCCUCCUGGCCCCCCGACCGAGUGUUGGGGACGUAGAAGGGGACGACUAUGACCUGAACAAUGCGCCGGACUGGGACAACCUAGACCCCAAUGGCUUUGGAGAGAGUUACGACUAUGAUGACCUGGACCAAGAGAUAGAGGUUGGUACACUGGCUCCUCCAGGACAGGAAGACCCUCCACAAGCUCAAGGGCCCUCUGAGCCCUCUGAGGGGGACGGGACCCCAGCUGUUCCGUCCCUGGCCUCUGCUCCGGUCCCACUGGACUUCAAGGAACCCGGCCUCUUCGGGCCCGAAACCGGCCUGGGCAUGCCCACCUGCCUGCUGUGUGUGUGUUUGAGUGGAAGUGUGUACUGCGACGACUCAGACCUGAAGACAAUCCCACCCCUCCCGAAGGACACCACCCACUUCUACGGUCGCUUCAACAAGAUCCAGCACGUCAGGAACACAGAUUUUAUCAACCUGAACAAGCUGAAAGGAAUCGACCUUACAGGGAACCGGAUCUCGGACAUGGGGGAGGACGUGUUCCGGAGUUCACCACAGUUAGAACAGAUCGUUCUGUCUGACAACCUCCUACAGGCCCUGCCAUGGCUUCCCGCCACCAUGCGGCACAUCGACGUCCGCAACAACAAACUGACUUCUGCUGGCAUGCAUCCGGAAGGAUUCAAGGAUAUGAGCCAACUAGAGUUCCUUUAUUUGUCCAACAACCAUCUGAGUUAUAUUCCCACACCCCUGCCUGAGAGCCUUCGAGCACUUCAUCUACAGAGCAACAACAUCCAGAGCCUGCAGGAGGACACGUUCUGUAACGCACAGGACCGCAGCUACAGCCGCCCCCACCUGGAGGACAUCCGGCUGGACGCCAACCCAAUCCACCUCCGCCUGUUCGCCAGCUCCUACGCCUGCCUGCCGAGGCUGCCCCUGGGGGGCCGCUGAGGGCCCGAGGCUGGGGCCCACAAGGGUGUUGAGGAUGGGACGGGAAUGGAUGAUUGGUCAAUGUAGACAUUUUGUUGAUGUUCCCUUUUUUAUGCUGCUAUGUCUGAUCCAUGAUGAAUCAUGCUGAGAUUAAUGCAAAGAAGGGAGGGAGUCAUUUAGCAGGGGGUGAGUGACAGUAGGGAGAGGGAGGGAGGGAGGUAUGGAGGGGGAGUCAUUUAGCAUGGGGUCAGUGAAACUAGGGAAGGAGGGGGAGUCAUUUAGCAUGGGGUGAGUGACAGGAGGGAGGGAGGGGGAGUCAUUUAGCAUGGGGUGAGUGACAGUAAGGAGGGAGGGGAGUGGGGGGGGGGGGGGGGGGUCAUUCAGCAUGGCCAGAGUGACAGUAGGGAGGGAGGGAGGUGAGUCAUUAUGGGUCAUGGGAGGGUCUGACCAGGGUGGAAAGAGGAAGAUGAGUCAGACAUUGUGGAAUUGAUCUGAGCAUAACUCUUGAAAAACUUCAUGUUGGAUUGAACAUCAAUACUAUUGUAUUGCAGGCUACAAAUAUAGUUACUUCAAUAUUUGUGUUUGGCACCAUUUCGAUCUUGGAGCAAUGAUGAGGGCGGACAUUGAAGCAGCUAGUCAGAAAGUUGAAACUCGGGACAUGUAGUGAAAGACCAAACAAGCCCUCUUCUCUGCUUAUUGUUUAACCUUUCAUCAUAAUAUCACGUUGUAAAAACAUAAUGCUGGGAUUUUGAUGACAAACGGUGGAGAAAUACAUUUUGAUGACUUGUUGGUCUCUCUAAUUAAAAACACAAUAGGAGGCAAUGCAGCACAUGUUAAUCAUUUCAUCUCAUGAUCAAAGUUGUAUAAGCUUUGUUAAUGUCUGAGACAUUAUGAAUAAUGUAUGAAUAAUGAGACCCAUGACACUUGGAGGUAUACCUCCAAAUCCGUUCUACUGAUUUCCAACCGUUGGCCAUCACUCACAAAUUGGUGAGUUUUGAGUUCUGAAAAAUAUGUUCCUGAUACAGUGUUACUUUUUUGAUGAUCAAAUGUCUGAAAAGUGAUGCACUCAUGUUGAUCGUAUAUAAAUGCUUUGAAAUUAUCUAAAGUAGUAAAGGUAAAGUCCGGAGUCCACGGCGGAGUAACACCAGAUGGCCACAUGGUGGUGUCUCUCUCAAGUGUUUGGUGUCUUCCUAUAGCUGGCACUUCCCAUGGUAACUGCUUUAUAUAAUAUAAAAAUAAUCAAUUGUUUAUCUUAUCUAGCUUAUAUAAUAUAGAUUUAUGUUAGACUUAUGUUUUGCAAGCAAAGUAUUGUCAGAUAUGUCACGUUUAUGACCAUGUUAUUUUGAUGCCAUAUCAUGCAUGGUUCUUACAUUUCGAAAAUAUUUGAAGGCACACACACAACACAUUGGGUUUGAAUUAAAUUAUUUGAAUGUU